AGGUAAACAUGUAUUAAUGUACGUAUACAAGAGAAAUUAACACGAAAUAAAAAAAUAAUUUACAUAAGUCUACUACUAAAUAUGACACGUUCGACAAAUUUGGCUAAGUAAAUUGCGGCUCUUACCUCAUAGGAUCCCUUCUAGUUUACCAAUAUACUACUACUUUCUAGCAAUUAUUAUCAAAAGGGAAAUUAAUCCACAACAUUUAUUAAUCAUAACCUAUGUAUAUAUAUUGAUGGCUAGUUUAUGUGAAUCCCAAUACCACCAAAAUUAAAAACAAGAACCAAACCAACACAUAUAUACUAUAUUUUCCCCUUAAUUCACAUUUCGAGUUUGAAAUCCAUCAAAAUGGCGGCAAAAUCGACUGCGAUCGUCGGUGCAUUUAUAAUAUUUGCCGUUGUUUCGACGGUAGUAAUAGCUCAAUCUGAUUGUACGAGUGUGAUCGUGAGCAUGGCGUCGUGCCUCAGUUACGUGUCGGGGUCGGCCGCCACGCCGUCCACGUCGUGCUGCUCCGCCCUGGCUAACGUCGUUAAGACACAGCCGCGGUGCCUCUGCACCAUAGUCAACGGCGGUGGGUCGUCGUUGGGCGUCAGCAUCAAUCAAACCCUCGCACUCGGUUUGCCCGGCGUGUGCAAGGUGGACACGCCACCAACUAGUAGAUGCAACGUUGUUAAUGGGCCUGCAAUGUCUCCUGUGGGUUCUCCAGAGAGUGCACCUCCAGAAUCUGUGGAUGGAUCGCCUGCAGGCUCUCCCUCAGUCACAGGGUCGAAGACGACUCCCUCGGAUGGCGCAACCUCAAGCGGAAGCACAACCAACAUCAAUAUUGUGGCCAAAAUCAUAUUCUUCAUCACAGCUGCAUAUGCUUCAUCAGCUCUCAAGAUCUUCUGAAUUUAUAGUUAAUAAUUAUAUCAUAAUAUAUGUUUAUGUGUGUCUUAGCUAAGUGUGUGUGGUUGUGAGUCUUAUUUAUUAUUAAUUGCAAUUUUAUUUUCCUGUACGAACCAUUGAUGGUUUAUGAAAUAUUGUGCGAGUUUUUAAAAAUGUGACUUUAAUAAUUUGGUGAGAGAAUGUUAAUUGUUUCAGUGUUUGUUGGAAUAUUUGCUAUGGAAUUUAUGUUUCUGAAUGAA